AGACGCUCUGUGGAGUCGCGGGAGCUACGGCUGCGGGAGUUACGGCUGCGGGAGUUACCCUUUAUUCUGUGAUAGUUUGAGCUGUUCUGCGUCUCGCAGGCCCUUCUGAAUUUCCUGGACCUACUCUCGGAACCCUCAACGAGCUAGCGAUAGAUUUAGAGGAAAGGAAGCACCGUCGGAAAGCAAAGGCAUGAUUUCACCUUCACUUGAACUCCUUCAUUUAGGACUCUGCAAAUUCCCUGAAGUAGAAGGAAAAAUGACCACAUUCAAAGAGGCAGUGACAUUCAAGGAUGUGGCUGUGGUCUUCACUGAGGAGGAGCUGGGGCUGCUGGACCCUGCCCAGAGGAAGCUGUACCGAGAUGUGAUGCUAGAGAACUUCAGGAACCUGCUCUUAGUAGGGAAUCAACCAUUCCACCAAGAUACUUUCCACUUCUUAAGGAAGGAAGAGUUUUGGAUGAUGAAGACAACAAGCCAAAGAGAAGGGAAUUCAGGAGGCAAGAUCCAAAUUGAGAUGGAGACUGUUCCAGAAGCAGGACCACAUGAAGAGUGGUCCUGUCAGCAAAUACGGGAACAAAUUGCAAGUGACCUAACCAGGUCUCAAAACUCCAUAAGGAACAGCUCUCAGUUCUUCAAAGAAGGUGAUGUCCCCUGCCAGACUGAGGCAGAACUAUCUACUGUGGCACGUUUCAGGCAGGAUUCCUCCUUCCUUCAAACUGCAUCACCCAGGAGUCUGCAAAUUCCCCAAAGUAGGAGGAAAAAUGACCACAUUCAAGAUUACCAAGACUGUGGGAAUACUUAUAACCUGCUCUUGGCCAUGAUAAAGAGAAGCAAAGUACUUGUAUUCUGUUCAAAGAUUAUGGAGGAGGCAGUGACCUUCAAGGAUGUGGCUGUGGUCUUCACUGAGGAGGAGCUGGGGCUGCUGGACCCUGCCCAGAGGAAGCUGUACCGAGAUGUGAUGCUGGAGAACUUCAGGAACCUGCUCUCAGUGGGGCAUCAACCGUUCCACCAAGAUACUUGCCACUUCCUAAGGGAAGAAAAGUUUUGGAUGAUGGGGACAGCAACCCAAAGAGAAGGGAAUUCAGGAGGCAAGAUCCAAACUGAGUUGGAGUCUGUUCCAGAAGCAGGAGCACAUGAAGAGUGGUCCUGCCAGCAAAUCUGGGAACAAAUUGCAAACGACUUAACCAGGUCUCAGGACUCUAUCAUAAAUAACUCUCAGUUCUUUGAAAAUGGUGAUGUCCCCUCCCAGGUUGAAGCAGGACUACCCACAAUUCAUACAGGACAGAAACCUUCCCAGGGUGGGAAGUGUAAACAGUCCUUCAGUGAUGUUCCCAUCUUUGAUCUUCCUCAGCAGUUAUACUCAGAAGAGAAGUCUUAUACAUGUGAUGAAUGUGGAAAAAGCAUCUGUUACAUCUCAGCUCUUCAUGUUCAUCAAAGAGUCCACGUGGGAGAGAAACUCUUUAUGUGUGAUGUGUGUGGCAAGGAAUUUAGUCAAAGCUCACAUCUGCAAACUCAUCAGAGAGUCCACACUGGAGAGAAACCAUUCAAAUGUGAGCAAUGUGGGAAAGGUUUCAGUCGUAGAUCAGCACUUAAUGUUCAUCAUAAAUUACACACAGGAGAGAAACCUUACAUUUGUGAGGCAUGUGGGAAGGCCUUCAUUCAUGAUUCCCAGCUUAAGGAACAUAAGAGAAUCCAUACUGGGGAGAAACCAUUCAAAUGUGAUAUAUGUGGUAAGACCUUCUAUUUUAGGUCAAGACUUAAGAGCCAUUCCAUGGUUCACACAGGAGAAAAACCAUUUAGGUGUGAUACAUGUGAUAAGAGCUUUCAUCAGAGGUCAGCACUUAAUAGGCAUUGCAUGGUCCACACAGGAGAGAAACCGUACAGAUGUGAGCAGUGUGGAAAAGGCUUUAUUGGUAGGCUAGAUUUUUAUAAGCAUCAGGUGGUCCACACAGGAGAGAAACCAUAUAAUUGUAAAGAAUGUGGGAAGAGCUUCAGAUGGUCCUCAUGCCUUCUGAACCAUCAGCGAGUCCACAGUGGAGAAAAAAGCUUCAGAUGUGAAGAAUGUGGGAAGGGAUUUUAUACAAAUUCACAACUGUCUUCCCAUCAGAGAUCCCACAGUGGUGAAAAGCCAUAUAAAUGUGAGGAGUGUGGGAAGGGCUAUGUUACUAAGUUUAAUCUUGACUUGCACCAGAGGGUCCACACGGGAGAGAGACCUUAUAAUUGUAAGGAAUGUGGGAAGAGCUUUAGCCGGGCCUCAAGUAUUUUGAAUCAUAAGAGACUCCACUGCCAGAAAAAACCAUUCAAAUGUGAGGACUGUGGAAAGAGGCUUGUACACAGGACAUACCGUAAAGACCAGCCGAGAGACUAUAGUGGGGAAAACCCAUCCAAAUGUGAGGAUUGUGGGAGACGCUACAAGAGGCGCUUGAAUCUGGAUAUACUUUUAUCAUUAUUUCUAAAUGACACAUAAUUGUUCAUAUUUAUGGGGUACAACGUGCUAUUUUAAUGUGUGCAUACAAUUUAUAGUGAUCCAAUCAGUGUAAUUGGUGUAUCUGUUACCUCAAACAUUUACCAUUUCUUUGUGUUGGAAAAUUCAAAAUCCAUUUGAGAGGAGUUGGUAGACAGCAAGGGAAGGGUCCCUGGAGACCCCCAGCCAAACGGGUCAGUGUCUCAUCCCCACAUAACACAAAAAGCAGCCUGGGGAAGACAAUCAAGCUACAGGCACUGAUAAGGGAACUAGCACAGGGGAUUGUGCCUGGAGACAUGCCCAUGGCUGCACAGAUAGCAGAACCUCCAGCCUAUUCAGGUAAAAACUCGCACAAACCUCCGGCUCACUCAGUUAAGGGAACAAGACCAGACACAGAAAUGCCUUUGUCCUUUGUAUAAUCAGCAGGCUCCCAGGAAAAAGUUUCUUCUUUUGUGGGCAUGAACACAAUGGGCUUCAGUAGGUUCAGGUUGGCACUUUCUUUUGUGGAAAAGGAAAAGCCCAGCCUCUGUAAAUCAUCACUUCAGCUCCUGAUUGGUCCCAGGCCAAGCUGAAUAGCCAUUAGGAAUAAUCACUUCAACUCCUGAUUGGUCCCGGGCCAAGCUGAAUAGCCCUUAUGAAUCAUCACUUCGGUUCCUGAUUGGUCCCGGGCCAAGGUCCCAGACCAAGCUGAAUCACGCUUUCUCCAAGACAGCCCGCAGGCUAAGUGCAUUCCUUCCCCUUCCCAGUCCAUAAAAACCCCGGACCCCAGCCUCAUACUGGGCAACUUAUUUGGAUCCCCAUCUCCACUGUGGAGAGCUUUUUUCUUUCACUUAUUAAACUUUUACUCCAAUUUCA